ACACUCACACUAACGCGCACACUAGCGUUCAGCGUUUGCCAGAGCCAGACCCUUUUCUGUCAGAGGAGUGCAGAGGAGGUUGUCGGUGUAUCGGCGGUCAAACUCCAGUUCCAGAGAAGGAAAUGAGGGACAGUGAGACAGAGUCGUUCCCAGCAGGAGCGCUGCUCUUUUGGGGAGAUCGUACUUGCAUCUGACCUCAAGUCAAGCGCGACUUGGAAUGUUUUUUCUGUAGAGAAACCGGUUAACUUUGACUCGCACUUGUUCAGGAUGUCAAUGGAACGGAGAGCACUGCUGGAGCAGAGGCAGCGGAGGAAGCGUCAGGAACCUCUCAUGGUUCAGCCCAACACAGACGCUCGGCCCCGGCGCUACAGGACGCAACGCGGUGAAGAGCAGGCCCCUCUAGUGGAGUCUCAAGUGAACGUCACCAACAGUGUCAUUAUGGAUGGUAUCGACGGCCCAGCAGCUUUCCUGGGCUCAGAAGCCCCUGAUGUGGGAAUAAAGGUCCUGUCGGUGAGCCAGUCUCAGUCCCAGCCUCAGUUCCAGUCACAGCCUCAGUCUCAGCCCCAGUCCCCCUCUGCUGAGGAGCCUGAGAGAGAUGGAGACACUGAGACGCUGCUCGAGCCCAAGACAGACAUCCACGAAUUACUGCAGAAACAAGGUCUGUCCGGCAGCAUGAACUUUGAUGAAUCCAGCGAGCAUGAGGACGAUGCGGAGGAGGAGCGAACGCGUUCUCUGACCCCGAACGCUGACAGCACCAGACCUGCCUCUGCUGCCAGUGGCAAGGACACUCCAGAGGUGGUCACCCCUGGAUCACCCACAGCAGAGAGCUCACUCAUCGAUGUAGCCAAUCUAGAGGAGUUCGUCCUGCGUCCGGCUCCACGGGGGGUCACUGUAAAGUGUCGAAUCACCCGGGACAAGAAGGGCAUGGACCGCGGCCUCUACCCAACCUACUUCAUGCACAUGGAGAGAGAGGAUGGCAGGAGAGUGUUUUUGCUGGCAGGAAGGAAGAGAAAAAAGAGUAAGACGUCCAACUAUCUUAUUUCAGUGGACGCCACUGAUCUGUCGCGAGAGGGAGAGAGCUUCAUCGGUAAACUGAGGUCCAACCUCAUGGGCACCAAAUUCACAGUGUAUGACAACGGCACCAAUCCCUGUAAAAACCCCGGGACGCUGCUGGAAGAGAGCAACACGCGACAGGAAGUGGCUGCUAUCUGUUAUGAAACCAACGUGCUUGGAUUCAAAGGACCACGCAAGAUGACUGUAAUCAUCCCGGGCAUGAACAUGAACUUUGAAAGAGUCCCUGUCAGACCUCAGAAUGAGCAGGAGAGCCUCCUGAGCAGGUGGCAGAAUCACUCACUGGACAACCUGAUCGAGCUGCACAACAAAGCCCCCGUGUGGAACGACGACACCCAGUCGUAUGUGCUGAAUUUCCACGGGCGCGUCACUCAAGCGUCUGUCAAAAACUUUCAAAUAGUUCACGACAACGACCCUGACUACAUCGUCAUGCAGUUCGGCAGAGUGGCUGAGGACAUCUUCACUCUGGACUACAACUACCCCAUGUGCGCUUUGCAGGCGUUUGCCAUCGGCCUGUCAAGCUUUGACAGUAAGUUGGCCUGCGAAUGAAACCACCGGUUUGGCUUCCACACCGCCACCUCUCUUGUCCUCCCUCAAAUCUUUUCUCACGGGACUUUUUGGAUGCUACACCGCUUACAUCAUCAGGAACCAGUUCACAUUCCGUGUGUUUGCGCACGAAACGCAAGAUUAAAAGAAGAGAAAGUAGAUACUGAUCGGAGACGUUGGUCCUCUGGUGGCAAAAUAACAACCCUCUAGGUUCCUGGGUGGAAGGGUUUUUUUCCUGUGUCAUUUAGGGGUUUAUUUCAAUAUUAUUUUGUACAGUGUAUGUGUACAAACUAAAAGGGAAAAGACAAAUCACACCACUCUCAUCUGUGCUGGAGACAGGCGCUCUCAUCAGACAUCUGGUGCAAGAAAACUGAUGUAAAAUUUAUGACUCAUUGUUUGUUAAAGGAACAGUUCACCCCAAAAUCAAAAAUACACACUUGGCCUCUUACCUGUAGUGCUAUUUAUCAGUUUGUCUUGGCGUGAGAUGAGUGUUGCAGAUAUCAGCCAUAAAGAUGUCUGCCUUCUCUCCAAUAUAAUGGAACUAGAUGGCACUCAGCUUGUGGUGCUCAAAACGCCAAAAAAAAAAAAAAUUCAUUUGAAAAACUCAACAUCAAUGUCUCUUUCCAGAAAUCAUGACCUGGUUACUCAAGAUAAUCCACAGACCUUGUUGUGAGCAGUUUCAUGUAGGAACUAUUUUCUCUCUACCAAACUACAUCUGCCAACCAUGAUCAUUUGAAGUUUGAUAUGGCAACAAAUUUGACCAAUUUUAGCAACAGCAACUAGCUAAGAGACGUUAAUUAUUUAGUACUCAUUCGAGGACAUUGGGACUUUGUUAUCAUUGACAGUGUUUAGUUUUUUUAUACUUAUCCGGUCCUACUGAUCCCAAAUAGCUAGGAGACAUUAAAAAUGUAAACCAAACAAUAGUUCAGGUGUCUGAAUGUUAUAUAGCCGAUAUUUCUAACACUCUGCAACUCACACCAAAACAAUCUACAUUGAAAAAACAACAAAAAAACACUCCAGGUAAGAGGAAAAAUGGGCUUGAUUUUGGGGUGAACUGUCCCUUUAAUGAUGCAUUUUGUAUUAAUUCUUUUGCCUGUACAUUUUAUUUCUGUCAGUGUUUUUGUUUUGUUUUGCCUUACUCAGAGGAGUGGACCAAAGGAUGUAGGUGUCCACGACGCCACAGUCUGAACCCUCCACUACAUGGCCUGUCCUCUGGCGCCACCCUCAGGCCAAUCUGUAGAGUUAGUAUUUGGUCAGAAGGGACAAAGAAAGUCAAGUUGUUUUCUGUUUCUCAUCUGUCCAAGAGUUUCUUUUUGAUAAGUAACUUGCAUCACAGUCACAAUUUCAAUCAUGUUUACAUCUUUAAAUGUGGCGACAUGUUUUACUCUGCCAUCUUCUCAUAACUAAUGUUGACAUCAUCCUUUUAUUAUCAUUUCGUCAUCCCUCUUUUUAUUCUCGUGUGGAACGUGCAUUAUUCCGAACAGGCCUGUCUUAACGGUUUUUGUGGGUUUUUUUGUGAAUAAGUGUAAUUUUUAUCUUGUGACUGUGAUUUUUCUUUGUUGUAACAGGUUGGGUUAUCAUGGGAAAAAAACAUAAAUGCAGAAUUGCACAUUUAGAAAGAAAGGAUUUACAUACUGUAUAUAAAAUAGAAGAUCAUGCCUUCUUAUUUGAUCUAUUCUAGCGUACAUAUAGCGACAUGAAAUACAAAAUGUCAUUUCAAGACAUGGGAUUUUAAAAUAAUGUAUAGAAGUGAAGCAUGAAGAUACAGAAACCUUCCCAGACUUUGCAGAAAUCUACUGUAUUUACGCUUCAUAUUCAAUAUAGACAUUUUAUUGAGCUGAUAUUCCCACAUUUUGUCUGUCUCAAAGCUUCAGCAACAAAACUGCCGGUGCCUCUUCAUCUCCAUCUCAUCCCUUUUGAGUUAUAAGGGAAACUUAAGGGAAAUCAAUAAAGGACAAUAAUCCUUUGUCAUUAAAUGUCCUUAAUAUUUUGUUAACACAGUGUACUGUAUGUCUGUGAGGGGCAGGGUCAUUAUUGCUGCAGAGCCAACAGUAAAUAAUUCAGUUACUUUAAAGGUAUACUAUGCGUGAUUAUCAGUCAAAUCAAACCCCACAUUCACUCUCGUUUGGCGUUUCGGCUUAAGCCCCAUUUCCACAACACACUUUCAGUAUGGUGCCUUUGGAACCAACAGUAACCCUUCUGACAUGGUACCUAGACCCUAGUGUUUCCACCACAAACAGUACUCUUAAAUGUGAGCGGGGUUGUUGUCAUUCACUGCUCCGUCCAAUGACUUAAAGGGAUUACUUUUAUAUAAAUUCAUACAUUGUUUUUUAGGGAAAUCCCGCAUAGUAUACCUUUAAAUCAAUUUAAUUUGGAUGCUUUAAAGAAAAGGUGUUCAGUGCUUUUCUGUUUGAAUUGGGCGUUUCCUGCUCAAAACAUGAAAACAAGCAGCAAAGAACACCUAAUUUUGAGGAAAGUAAUACAUUUGUCAUUGUAAGUGUGCCAGCAAUGUAUGAAAAUCCUGUUUUGUCAUUCUGUGUGGAGUUUUCAGAGAGAAAAGGGAAUUUAUAGGAAAUAUUUUCAAAGAUAUAUGCUUUUACUAUUUCGGUCAAACACAUUCCAGUCCAACAUUUGACAAAAAUAUAACCAGAUAUAUUUUAACAAAGGACGAUCAAAUCUGUUUAUCAGGUUUAAACACCAAGAGAUGAAUGUAUUCAGUCAAACAGUUUAUUUUCAUAAACACAGCAGAGGUCAAUUUGAUUCAGAACACUUUAAAAGACAAACAGAAGUACUUAUUUCCAUCCAUGUGAAAGGUUUGACUUACCAAAAUAAAAGACAUUUUGAACUUU